GCGAGAAGCCUUUAAAGUCCCACGGAAACACCUCUACGUCUUUUAAAAAAUAAUAAUAAAAGCCCAAAUUACUAUUAGUAUGGCGUCACACAAGCUACCAGAGGGCUUCCUCUCCGGCCCAGCGCCCGCCCUCAAAAAGACGACCAUCGACUUCGCCAAAGAAGGAAUCCCCGCAUACGCCGGCAUGUACGCCGUCGUACUCGAUGGCUUGCUAUCCUCUGAAGAGUGCAGUCAACUAAUCUCCCUCGCCGAAGCCACGACCGCCGGCCGGUGGGAACGCGCGAUGAUCAACGUCGGCGACGGGCAGCAAGAGCUGUACGAAGAAGUGCGCAAGUGCGGCCGUAUCAUCUGGGACAGCAGGGAGCUUAUGGAGAAGCUCUGGGCCAGGAUUCUGCGUGAUGUGCCCGAGAUUCUGGAGAUCAAGGACUGGCCGGAUGUCACGGGGUGGGGGAGGAGGGAUGUUACGUGGGUUGCUACGAGGCUGAAUGAGCGUGCUCGAUUCCUGAAGUACGUUGGUGGAGAGUAUUUUAAAGCGCAUGAAGAUGGCAUGUACAUCACGCCAAUUGGGACUGAGCGGUCGUUCUUCACGCUUCAUUUGUACCUGAAUGACGCUGUUGGAAAAGACGGUAAGGCGCAGCUGAAAGGCGGCGCGACGACGUUUCACAAUCGGUUUAUGGACCCGGAACUGGAUUUGCACGUCCUGCCGAAGUGUGGGCGUGUGCUGAUCUUUCAGCAUGAAGGGCUUCUUCACUCUGGACAGGACGUUGAACGGGGAACGAAAUACACUAUGAGGACCGACAUCAUGUAUGCUGUAGAAGGUGAGCUUGGAGAGGGACCUGAGGGAGGAUGGUGAAGAGGUGUGUCAGUGUCGCCGACUGCACGUGAAUUAUAUCUUGUACGGAGCGGUCUAUCUACUUUUGAUCUUCCCUAAGUCAGAUAACCUAUGCUUCCAGUCGCAUCUGAAAGACUCGGUGGUCUAUCCUCCAUCUUGGUACCCCACUCACUUUCCUCACUCCCGAGAACUAGUUCGAGCGUCCACCCCUCGGUGAAGAACUCGUGUCCUAUCCAGUUCUUGCUGUAGUCCU